AGCUAAACAGGAGUCGCGUGUGACGGCGGCGCGUGGCACACGGCGUCUGAUUUCCGCUUCCUGCACCUGGUCGCGAGGGAGGGCCAGAGUGAGCUGCUCAAGAUGGCUGCGGCCGAGUCAGACCGUGAACCACCGUCCGCCCUUUGCAGUGAAUUUCUGGACUUCUCCGCUAAGGACACGGGCCUGAAAUGGCUCCAAGCCUCCGACCUUCCCAAAGCAGUCUACCAGCACCUGGCCCGCUAUGUACCCAAGAUCUACUGCCUGGGGCCCAACCUGAACCCCCAGAAUGAGGAUCUUCUGGCCCAGCUCCUUCUGCAGGGACCGCUGGAGUGGUACCUGUGCGGGGAGGACCCCUCCAUAGGCCUGGCCAAGUUGGAGCAGAGCAACCAACCCUCGCAACUGUGCGGCCAUGUCUUCAAGGUGGGCGAGCCCACCUACUCCUGCAGGGAGUGUGCCGCCGACCCUACCUGCGUCCUUUGUAUGCAAUGUUUCCUGGGCAGCGUGCAUAAAGGACACCGCUACAGGAUGACGACCUCCGGGGGCGGAGGCUUCUGUGACUGUGGGGACACGGAAGCCUGGAAAAAGGGUCCUUACUGCCAGAAACAUGAGCCCAGCAUCAGUGACUCCUCACAGGAGGACCCGUUGGAUCAACUCUCCGCCAACAUGAUCACUCGCACCUACAGCGUGUUCUCCAUUGUGCUGAGGUACGCUGUGGACAUGCUCACUUGGGAAGAGGAAAACGAGCUUCCAGCUGGCCUGGAACCUCCGGAGCGGGGGGACACGUAUUACUGCAUGCUGUUCAACGAUGAGGUGCACACCUAUGAGCAGGUCAUCUACACGUUGCAAAAGGCUGUCAACUGUACCCAGAAGGAGGCGGUGAGCUUCGCCACCACGGUGGACAGAGACGGGCGGAAGUCGGUGCGCUAUGGCGACUUCCAUUUUUGCGAGCAGGCCAAGACUGUCAUUGUGAGGAACACAAGCCGGCAGACCAAGCCCCUACGUGUGCAGGUCAUGCACUCCUCAGUGGUGGCUCACCAGUGCUUCGCCCUCAAAGCCCUGGCCUGGCUGGGCCAGGUAAUCGGACACUCUGACGCCCUGCGGAGGAUCCUGUGCCAGGUGGGCUUGGAGAAGGGCCCGUUAGGGGAGAACUCCCUGGUAGACACCCUUAUGCUUUGUGACUCCAAGAUGUGGAAAGGUGCGAGGAACGUCUACCACCAGCUCUUAAUGAGCAGCCUUCUCAUGGACCCGAAAUAUAAGAAGCUGUUCGCCAUUCAGUUUGCCAAAAAUUACUGGCGCCUUCAGACAGAUUUUAUGGAGGACGAUCAUGAGCGUGUAGUAUCAGUGACAUCUCUGUCUGUCCAGCUCUUCACUGUGCCCACCAUGGCACGCAUGCUGAUGACGGAAGAGAACCUGAUGGCCACCAUCAUCCGCACCUUCGUGGAGCAUCUGCGACACAGAGAUCUGCAGGGCCGCUUCCAGUUCGAGCGCUACACACCGCAGCAGGCCUUCAAGUUCCGGCGCGUGCAGAGCCUCCUCGGGGACCUCAAGUAUGUACUGAUCAGCCGCCCCACAGAGUGGACUGACAAACUCAGGGAGAAGUUUCUGGAGGGGUUUGAGACCUUCUUGGAGCUGCUGAAGUGCAUGCAGGGCAUGGACCCUGUUGUGCGCCAGGUGGGCCAGCACAUUGAAAUGGAGCCAGAGUGGGAAGCAGCCUUUACUCUGCAGAUGAAGCUCACGCACAUCAUCUCCAUGAUGCAGGAGUGGUGUGCCUCUGAUGAGAAGGUGCUGAUCGAGGCCUACCGGAUGUGCCUGGUGGCUCUGACCCACUGCCACGGCGGCUUUGCAGACGGCGAGCAGCCUAUCACGCUCAGCAUGUGCGGCCACUCGGUGGACACCUUCCGCUACUGCGUGUCGCAGGAGAAAGUAAUCAUCCACCUGCCUGUGUCGCGCCUGCUUGCGGGUCUGCAUGUUCUGCUCAGUAAGACGGAGGUGGCCUACAGAUUCCCUGAACGGCUCCCCCUGAGUGAGCUGAGCCCCCCCAUGCUGAUAGAGCACCCCCUGCGCUGCUUGGUGCUAUGUGCUCAGGUGCAUGCUGGGAUGUGGAGGAGGAAUGGCUUCUCUCUGGUCAAUCAGAUUUACUACUACCACAAUGUGAAGUGCAGAGUGGAGAUGUUUGACAAAGACCUGGUCAUGCUCCAGGCUGGUUCUUCUAUGAUGGAUCCAAACCACUUCCUGAUGAUUGUGCUCAGCCGUUUCGAGCUCUAUCACAUCUUCAGCUCCGCCGACGGCCGCAAACGGCACAGCCGAGAGAACGCCAACAAGGACGUGAUUCAGCAGAACAACACCCUGAUCGAGGAGAUGCUGCAUCUCAUCAUGAUGAUUGUGGGAGAACGGUUCACGCCGGGGAUCGGCCAGGUCCAGCCCAGCGACGAGAUCAAGCGUGAGAUCAUCCACCAGCUGUGCAUCCGGCCCAUGGCGCACAGCGAGCUAGCCAAGGCUCUGCCGGAGAACGAGAACAAGGAGACCGGCAUGGAGAGGGUCAUCGAUUCUGUGGCCUUGUUCAAAAAGCCGGGAGUUACAGGCCGGGGGCUUUAUGAGCUGAGGCCAGAAUGUGCCAAGCAGUUCAACCUCUACUUCUAUCACUACUCGCGUGCUGACCAGUCGAAGGCUGAAGAGGCCCAGCGGAAGCUGAGGAGGCAGAGUGGCGAGGACUCAGCACUGCCCCCGCCUCUUCUGCCCCCCUUCUGCCCGCUCUUCGCCAGCCUGGUGAAUCUGCUGCAGUGUGACGUGCUGCUCGGCAUGCUGGGAGUCGUGCUGCAGUGGGCGGUGGAGCCCAGCGGGGGGCACUGGUCGGAGUCGAUGCUGCAGAGGGUGCUCCAUCUUAUAGGCAUGGCCUUGUUGGAGGAACAGCAGCAGCUGGAGAGCAGCAGCGAAGACGACAUCACCUUCAGCUUCACCCUCAAGAUCUCCCGGCCCGGAGAGGCACCCAGUAACACCCCAAGCAUCCUGGCUCUCCUGGAGACGUUGCAAAACGCGGCCCACCUGGAGGUACACAAGGACAUGAUCCGCUGGAUCCUUAAGACUGUUGCUAGCAUUAAGACGAUGCGGGAGCGCAGCAGUACCAGCCCUGUGACAGACAGCGGGGGCCAGAACCACCAGGAGACGGUGCGGGACAAGGACAAAGCGGAGCGCAAGCGCAAGGCGGAGAUGGCGCGACUGCGUCGGGAGAAGAUCAUGGCGCAGAUGUCAGCCAUGCAGCGGCACUUUAUCGACGAGAAUAAGGAGCUCUUCCAGCAGAGCCUGGAGGAGCUGGAUGCCUCCACUUCAGCCUCAUUGGAGCACAGUCCGAGCUCCCCGGAUGCCGCUCUGCUGUGUGUCGGCCCCCGGAGGACGCGGCCGACGGAGAAGCGGCAGGUAGUUACCUGCAUCUUGUGCCAGGAGGAGCAGGAGAUCCGUGGGGACGGCAGGGCCAUGGUGCUGGCCGCCUUCGUGCAGCGCUCCACCGUCAUGUCCCGGAAUCGCCACAGGCCGCCACCUAACCCGGAGCGUCACGAUCCGCUGUUCAUGCACCCGGACCUAUCCUUCGGCACGCACACUGGCAGCUGCGGACACAUCAUGCAUUCCCACUGCUGGCAAAGGUACUUUGAGGCGGUGCAGGCGAAGGAGCAGCGGCGGCAACAGCGGCUACGUGUGCACACCAGCUACGACGUGGAAAACGGGGAGUUCUUGUGUCCGCUGUGCGAGUGCCUCAGCAACACCGUCAUACCCCUCCUGCCCCUCCCCAAGGGUUCCGGCAGCACUGAGCAGCCGGGUCUCGGGCUGUGGCUGAAGACUGUUUCUCAGCAGAUCAAAUCCCUGCAUUCAGCACACAGGAAGCUUAGACCUGUUGAUGCUGGGGCCGUUGAUGCGACCAGCAACAUGGAAGACUUCCCUCCCCCAGAGGGAUUCAAGCCUGACUAUGUGCCAGUGAACCCCUUCUCCAGUACUGUCAAGGAGAUGCUGACGACGUUUGGGACGGCGACCUACAAAAUUGGCCUUAAAGUUCACCCCAAUGAACAGGACCCCCGCGUCCCCAUCAUGUGCUGGGGCAGCUGUGCCUACACCAUCCAAUCUAUAGAGCGACUCUUGGUAGACGAGGAGAAACCCCUCUUUGGUAGCUUGCCAUGUAGACAGGAUGACUGCUUACGCUCCCUGACCCGGUUCUCCGCGGCGUGCUGGACCACAGCGUCUCUUCCCUCGGUGCAGGGACACUUCAUCCGACUGUUAGCAGCGCUGCUUCCGGACCCCGAGGUGGAGAGCUCCCCCAGCCUACUGGAUGUGGACAUAUUCCACUUGCUGGUGAGCAUGGUGAUGUCCUACCCGUCGCUGCACAUCCAGGACUCUUCUGGCCUCAGCGUGGACGCGGCUCAGCAGAACCUCUUUCAGCUGGUCACCGUGGCUCACGUGGUUCAAGUCCUGCUGACCUCCACGCCAGCAGAGGUGACGAUGGACCAGGAGAGUGGAGGUGGCCAUAGUGAGGAAGAACAGAGCAUCAGUGCCCUCUAUAGCUGCCUUCGGAGACACUUGGGCGGUGCCCUACGUGACGUGGGCUCGGCCUGGCACCUCUGGCGCUGCGUGAAGGCAGGGGUGCUGCCCUUCCUGAGGGCCGGGGCUCUGUUCUUCCACCACCUGAAUGGGGUGCCCACCCCCUCAGAGCUGCACGCCCGGGGCUCUGGUCAGUGGGAGUACCUGUGCGGAUACCUGGGUCUGCCAUCCAACUUACUGCAGCUGUACCACAGUAACCAGGAUCUGCUGGACCCCCUGAUACAGGGGUGGUGCUCUCAUUCAAGCAUACAGGGACUGCUGCAGGGAAGUAGCCCUCUUGUCAGCUACCCCCGGGAGUCCAAUCGGCUGAUCGACCUUCCAGAUGACUACAGCGCCCUCAUCAAUCAGGCCUCCACCUUCACGUGUCCCAAGUCUGGGGGUGACAAGUCUCGCGCCCCAACCCUGUGCCUGGUGUGUGGCGCCAUGCUGUGCUCGCAGAGCUACUGCUGCCAGACAGACCUAGAGGGCGAAGACGUGGGGGCCUGCACCGCCCACACUUUCGCCUGCGGGGCCGGUGUGGGCAUCUUCCUCAGGGUCAGGGAGAGCCAGGUGCUUUUCUUGGCUGGAAAGACAAAGGGCUGCUUCUACACUCCCCCUUACCUGGAUGACUACGGAGAAACGGACCAGGGACUCAGGCGUGGGAACCCGCUACACCUCUGCCAGGAGAGGUACCGGAAAAUCCAGAAGCUAUGGAGGCAGCACAGCAUCACGGAAGAGAUUGGGCAUGCACAGGAGGCCAACCAAUCACUGGUGGGGAUCGACUGGCAGCACUUGUGAUGUUCCUGGUUGGACCCCCCCCCCCCCAAUUAUCAUGAGGGCUACACCGCAGGACUGCAGUUGUACCAGCCAGUGAGGGUGGGGCUGGGUCUCAUACACACAAACACACACACAUGUGCGCGCACGCACACACACAAACACACACAGGAUGUCGGUAGCCAUGACAAUGCAGUAUGGCCCCCCCCCAGCCCUGCCCUCCUUCUCAGAAAACAAAAAAUGCAUGAAGUUCCUCUUUUCUUUCUUGCUCCUUUCAGCCAAGGUAGCAUUUCAUUCUGAUUUAAUAUAAAAUGCAUCUCGCUCAGAGUGCUGUUUUACUUCUCUUUAUCCAUAUAUAAGUUUAAGUUAGCUUUGGUUUUGUUUACUUCUGUAGUGUUUCAGCAAGACACUACAUGUGGAUUAUUUUUUUAAUUUUUUUUUUUUAAGCAAGCACAAGUUCUCUUUGCAUGGAAGCCUCAGUUCCAACGUUACGAUCCUCUAUUCAGUAUGUUGUUUAUGCAUGCACAUGCCUCCUAGUGGUAGGCACGUGUCUCUGCAGUCAAAUUAGUCCCUUUAUUAAAACAAAACGCUAAUUUUUAAGGAGCUCCUAACACAGUUGAAUACAAGCCAAUAUUCUGAAGUAUGGGAGUGUGUGUGUGUGUGUGUGUGUGUGUGUGUGUGUGCGUGCGUGUGCGCACACAUGCUUGCCUUGAUGGCGUGACAUGGGCGUGGGCCUGCCUGGUUGGCAUGUCUACAAGCUGUAGAGUCAUUUACGUAUGAGAAGGGCCCUCUCUCGCUCUCUCAGUUCUGACCCUUAGUUUUUACACGAGGAACAACGUUCUCAUUCAUAGCACUCCCUGCUUCCACUCAGUCAGGGUACCUCGGACCAGACCGGCAUAGAAGUUUAAGAAUCCCAGUAUUACAUUUUUUUUCCCCUCUUUUCUGGAAGCCUGGAUUUAGCUGUUCAUUUGAGGAAAUGUGUGGUUUUUAAGUACAGUUAGGUGGGUAUUUUUAAACCUUGAAAGGACUUUCUCAUGAGCAGGAAUCAUCAGCACUUGGCAAUUAUUUUUUUUUAACCAAGUUUUUUUUUUUUUUUUUUUUUUUUUUGCAUUCAUAAAUAUGAGAUUUUACUGUGUGGGUCAGCCUCUUCCUGUUCCCCAAACUCUUCAGGUCUUAAAGGAGAGCAGUAGUGACAAAUUAUCUCAGACCCUGUUUCCAGUUACCCACUGAGGGUGAGGCUGAGCACCCCCUAGGUGGGAGGGUGUGUGCACAAUAAGCUCCGCCCCCCUUCUCUCCAUGCUCAGUUGGCAUGCUGUCAUGUGACCUCCCACCCCGCCACACUCCAUACUGUGACAUGCUUUCAGUACUGAGAAUGUGCUAUUAUGAUAUGUAAUGGACAGACUUGUUAAUAUGUGAAUUCUUGUAUAAAUGGGUACAAUGUACUAUAUUGUAAAACAGUAAUAAAAUACAAGCAGAAAUA